AAGUGGCAACAUGUUGGCAAAGCAAGCAGAAGGACAUCCACAUCAGCCAUGGACAGAAUGAUUCUCUUCCUGUCAUGUGUGUCUCUGGGCGUGGUCUCCUCUCAGCCAAUCACAGACAGCCAGCGUCUUUUCUCCAUCGCUGUGAGCCGCGUGCAACACCUCCACCUGCUGGCCCAGAGACUCUUCUCCGACUUUGAGAGUUCACUGCAGAUGGAGGAACAACGCCAACUCAAUAAAAUCUUCCUGCAGGACUUCUGCAACUCGGACUACAUCAUCAGUCCUAUCGACAAGCACGAAACACAACGCAGCUCGGUCUUGAAGCUGCUGUCCAUCUCCUAUCGACUGGUGGAAUCCUGGGAGUUUCCCAGCCGUUCCCUCUCUGCUGCUCCUGUUCCCAGAAAUCAGAUCUCUUCAAAACUUUCAGAACUGAAGAUGGGAAUCCUGCUGCUGAUCAGGGCCAACCAGGACGGAGCCGAGAUGUCGUCUGACAGCGCCGGCCUCCAACUGGCGCCGUAUGGCAAUUACUACCAAAGUGCGGGGGAUGACGAGUCCUUGAGACGGAUGUACGAGCUGCUGGCGUGCUUCAAGAAGGACAUGCACAAGGUGGAGACUUACCUGACUGUGGCCAAAUGUCGACUCUCACCAGAGGCCAACUGCACCCUGUAGCCCUGACAUCUGCGGCUAGCAUUAGCAUGUGUGGUGUUUGUGUCGUGUGGACUGGUCACCCAGUGAAAUAAAGUUGUGGGCUGAUGUCAUCUA